GCUCCGGUGGAAAGGAAAUCAAGGCUGAAGUCUGCCGCCCCUAGCGCCUCCGUCGACCCGAAGCGCCCCCCGCCCGCCUGCUCCUCCUCCGCCCCCCUCCCCGGCCCCCCCGCCUUCCCCCCCUCCCCGCUGGAUGACGUGGCCGCCGCGCUGUCCGAGCAGUACGGCAGCAGCGAGUGGCUGCAGCCGCCUGGGCAGCCCAACGACUGGCGCUUCAUGCUGGCAGUGUGCCGGGCGGUGUUGGUAGCCUGGUUCAACCCCGCUGACACGCUGCCAGAGCGGCUGGCGACAGCGGAGGCGCUGGGGCGGGCGUUUGGGCUGGACCCGGGGGCGGUGGAGCAGGUCAUCUCCGAGUGCCUGCUGCUGAACUGCUGCGUGUCGCGGCAGCUGCAGCUGCAGGCGGCCGCACUGGCGGGGGACUCCUUCGCGGUGCGGCCGUCGCACUUCCCGCCGGGGGCGGAGGGGGCGGCGGCGUAUGCGGAGUUCAGGAGGGAGGCCCUGCUUGAGACGGAG